CUUAAAUUAUAGCCAGUGGGGCCCACCAGCGGUAGACGUUGGUGCUCCUCGCAAUAAUUCGGCUCCCAGAUUUAGCAAGUGGCACGCUUCCAUCUAUAAACUCAUUCAUUCCACACCCACGCAGCUCAGCUAGCUAGAGAGUGAAAGCCAGUACAGGAGAAGCAGAGCAAAUAUCUUCCCCCGGCCGGCCCUCUCUUCUCCGAUGGAUCAAGCUCUCCAUGGCGCAGCUGCCUCCCUAGACCUGUCCCUGACCCUGGCCCCCGUGACACCGCCACCACCGGCAGCACCCCCGUCCUCCUCCUUUUGGGCUGAAGGAGACGCCGCUGCCAACCACGGCGGCCAUGGCGGCCAUGACGGCGAAGCGAGAUCGAGGCGGCUGUUCUCGUGCCUCUUCUGCGACAAGAAGUUCCUCAAGUCUCAGGCGUUGGGGGGCCACCAGAAUGUGCACAAGAAGGAGCGGGCCGGCAGCUGGAACCCUCACCUCUACCUCCAACCCGACCACGGCGACUGGCCGGCCGCCGCGGCAGCAAAGGCGCCGGCGAGAUGGCCAGACGCGCGCCUUGACGACCACGGCGAGAAGCAGUUGCAGCAGCUUGAUCUCAACCUCAAGCUUUAAUUAGCUAACUCGUGCGUACGUUUUUUACUAUCUUCCAUUCCAUCUUC